AUGGAGCGCCCAGUCCCAAUAGCCAUUGUGGGCAUGGCCUGUCGCCUGCCCGGCGGUGCCAGCAGUCCUGAGAAGCUCUGGGAUCUGCUCGAGGCAGGUGGUAGCGGCCACGGUCCUGUCCCCCCUACGAGAUGGAACGCCGAGGCAUUUUACCACCCCAGCUCUGAUGCUCGUGAGUCUCUCCCCUUUAAGAGCGGAUACUUUCUACAGGAGGACAUCUCCGCCUUUGAUGCAAGGUUUUUUCGUGUUCCGCCCAGGGAUGCGCACGGCAUGGAUCCGCAGCAGCGGGUGCUGCUCGAGGUUGUAUACGAGGCGCUCGAGAACGCGGGAAUGCGACUCGAGGACGUUAGGGGUUCUGAUACGGCGGUAUUCGUUGGUGAGUUUAAUAGGGACUAUGACAGGAUGAUGUCAAAGGAUGUGCAGAACGCGCACAAGCUGCACAUCCUAGGCAACGGAAGCGCGCUGCUCGCGAACAACAUCUCCUACUACCUCGACCUGAAGGGCCCAUCUUUCACGCUGGACACAGGAUGUUCAGGCAGCAUGGUUGCUAUACACCAGGCAUGCCAGAGCAUCCGAUGCGGUGAGACCAGUAUGGCAAUCGCAGGCGCCUGUCAGCUCAUGAUACAUCCUGAUCAGAGCAUAUAUAUGAGCCAGAUCACCGGAAUGGUAAACCCAAAUGGGAAAAGCUAUGUCUGGGACGAAAGGGGAAGUGGAUAUGGCCGUGGCGAAGGAUGCGGCAUCGUCGUCUUGAAGCGCCUCGACUAUGCCAGGCGUGACAAUGACACGAUCCACGCAGUCAUAGCGAAUACUGGCAUCAACCAGGACGGCAGAACGGCCGGAAUCACCCUACCGAGCAGCGAGGCCCAGAUAGCUCUUGCAAAGUCGGUGUACGCUGCUGCUGGCCUCGACCCAGCUGAAACUCUCUACAUUGAGGCACAUGGCACUGUGAGUGAAGCCCUUGAAAUAAUAAUAGGUGACCGGGAGGAAAUCAGCUCCAUCCACGAAGUCUUCUGCAAGGGCACCAGGAGGGAGCACAAUGUCCGUGUGGGUUCCGUCAAGGCAAACAUUGGACACCUUGGAUGCGCAAGCGGUGUCUCGGCACUGAUCAAAGCGGUCAUGGUCUUGAAGAACAGCCACGUCCCUGCGAACAUCAACCUCGACGUCGUCAAAUCCUCCAUUGCUAAGUUCAUGGGCGGUUCGCUGGAGCUCCCGACAUCGGGGGUUGCAUUGACAGCGCCAUCCUACCAGGGGCCGCGCAGGGUUUCCGUCAAUGGCUUCGGCUACGGGGGAACCAAUGCCCACGUUAUCCUGACGACGGCGGACGCUGCAGAUUUUGACACGCUGAACAGAUUUCCGUUGGUCCAGAAUGGUCUGAAUGUACACGCGAACGGCCUUGAUCACAGCAAGGGUCAUGACAGCUUGGAUGCUAACACUGAGCCUGAUAAUGUACUCGAGCAGACCGAUGGCAUCACUCACCACGCAGCAGUGGCUGCUAUAGGAGCUCUAGAAUACCCAGCGACAGCGGUGCAGCUCUUUGUGCUAUCUGCUGCCUCAGAAGUGUCACUUGGCGACAUGGCUACAAGGCUCGCAGACUGGCUAUCCAGGAGGCCCUUGCACAGAGCCAAACUUCGCGACCUAGCAUACACACUCAACGUUCGCAGAUCGAGGUAUCAAUGGCGCAGUGCCAUCCUAGCAGCUGAUGCCGAAUCGCUCAUCGAACAACUCGCACAGAUCAAGCCCGUCCAGGCCCCGGCAGUCCAGCCAACCGUGACCUACGUCUUCACAGGCCAAGGCGCACAAUGGCACGCCAUGGGACGCGAGCUGCUGCAACUAUCUGGGCGGUUUCAAACGUCGAUCACGCAGUCAGCGCAACUACUCCUCGACUGGGGAUGUGCCUGGAACCUGGUCGACGAGCUGCUCAAGGACGAGGAGGAAUCACACCUGAACGAGAGCGAACUCUCACAGCCUGCCACGACGGCGAUCCAAAUCGCCCUCGUCGACCUCUUCGACAGUCUGUCGGUACGAGCCCAGCGUGUGUGCGGGCACAGCUCUGGUGAGAUCGCUGCCGCAUACGCCGCGGGAGCUCUGACGCACCACGCUGGGUUGAGAAUAUCCUACGAACGGGGGAUCGUCUCAAAGAUGGCCAGGGAUACAAAUACGUGCAAAGGUUCGAUGCUGUCCGUCGGUCUCGGCGAGAACGAGGUCCGCCCAUAUGUCAAGCUGGCUGGGGAGGGCAAGCUAGUGACUGCCUGCAUCAACAGCCCCGAGAGCACAACGGUGUCAGGAGACGAGGCAGCCAUUGACGCCCUGGCCCGUGUGCUCACAGAGAAGGGCAUCUUCAAUCGAAAGCUCAAGGUCGACACGGCGUACCACUCGCCACAUAUGCUCGCCGUCGCUGACAGAUAUCUGAAGUCGCUCGAAGGCGUUGUUGAGCAUGGUCUGGUGCGGGAGGGUACAGCCUUUUUCUCGUCUGUGAGCGGCGAGCGCAAGAUGGAUGGCUUUGGCGCUGCGUACUGGGUCCAGAAUCUGGUCUCACCAGUGCAGUUCCAGAAAGCCGUGGCCAUGGCCGCCGCAGACAUUAUCCAGUCUGCCACUGGUGAGGGACGAUCUCGUGCCAACGUGUUCAUCGAGGUGGGACCCCAUGCAGCGCUCAAGGGUCCGGCCCGACAAAUUCUCAACGACAUGCCAGGCUCUAGGUUCAAGCAUGUGUAUGUGUCACCUUUGGUACGGAAGCAGGACGCUCUCCAAUCAACACUGGAAAUGUUGGCCAAGCUCUUUGAGGCGGGGAGCAGCACAUUGGACAUGGCUGCGGUGGGCCGUCUGUGGCCAUACCCAUCAUCCUCGCCAGGCCAGCCUCGUGUCCUCACGGACCUCCCGCCUUAUGCGUGGGACCACACGUCUACAUAUUGGCACGAGGCGCGCCUGAGCCGGGAGCACCGGUUUCGCAAGUUCCCACACCACGACCUGCUCGGUGUCCUCGAUGUCGGUGCCGACUCUGGCAUGCCCCGGUGGCGGCACUAUAUCGACUGCGAGUCGCUGCCCUGGAUCCGCGACCACGUUGUGGAUGGCUUCAUCCUGUAUCCCGGCAUGGGCUACGUCUGCAUGGCUGUCGAGGCGCUCAAGCAGGUCUUCGAGCUGCGUGGCAUACCUGGCUUCGUUAGCGAGUUCCUGCUGCGCGACCUCAAAUUCAUAAAGCCGCUAGUCGUAGGCCGAACGGAUGGCGAUGAGCAACAGCAGCCAGUCGAGGUACAGCUCACGCUAAGCCCCGAGGAGACGGGCGCCCCUGGCGAGGCCAACAAGGGCCUCGUGCCUUGGCAGGUAGUCCGCAUCUCUUCGUUCGACCCGGCUACCGCGCUCUGGAUAGAGCACUGCACCGGACGAAUCAGCGCGCGGAUGCAGCGAGCCGGCACGGACUUUGAGGUCGACUUUGCCAGCACCGCAUCGGCAGAGGUCGAGAUGCUCGACCAGAUCCGGUCCCGAAUCACCGAUGCCUGCGAUCCAGCCGAUUUCUACAAGGCGCUGGCAUUGUCCGGCAACUUCUUUGGCCCGACCUUCAGCUCCAUGAUAGAGCUUGUCCUGGGCGACCACGAGGCAUCGAGCGAGGUCGUGAUCCCUGACAUUGCCAGAGUCAUGCCGGCCCAGUUCCAGCGCCCUCACCUGAUACACCCGGCAGCCCUCGACGCCCUCACCCACUCGGCGUGCGCCCUUUACCAGCGCCACUGCGGGAACCAGCCCUUUGUCGCGGCGGCCAUUGACGAAAUGACCAUCUCAGCCAGCGUCAGCAGCGAACCGGGCACGCGGCUGUCCGUCGCCGCGCAGAUCACCAGCAAGACUGCCCGGACAGCCUCUGGCGUGACCCGCGUAUACCAGCAAGACGAGAGUGGCACCGCGAAGCCCGUCGUCAAGCUCGCGGGCUGGCGCAUGCACGCCGUCGGCGAGGCCAAGCUCCAGGGUCAGCCUGGAGACGGACACGAGGCACCCUUCUCGCGGAGCAUGACGUACCGGAUGCAGUGGGCGCCCGAUGUCGACCUGAUGACCCGGGACGACCUAAUGGCGUCCAGCAACAUGCAGAUGGCUGCGUACGUGCGGCUCCUCGCACUCAAAAACCCGGCCAUGCGGAUCCUCGAGAUCGGCGCCGGGACGGGUGGCGCGACGCUCCCACUCCUGCAGGCACUCGGUGGCGGCAACGACGACGAUGACGACGGACAGAUCAAGGAUAGCCAGACCGGAUUUCUGUUCGAGCGGUACUGCUACACGGACGUGUCGGUGGGGUUCUUCGAGAAGGCUCGCGACAAGUUCCGGCGGUGGGCGCACAAGAUGGACUUCCGGCCGCUCGACAUCACGAGGGACCCGCUCGGCCAGGGCGAGUUUGGCGAGGGCCAGUUCGAUCUCGUCGUCGCGGCCAAUGUCCUCCAUGCAACCCCGCGGCUUGACGAGACGGUGGCACACUGCCGCAAGCUGCUCAAGCCCGGCGGCCGCAUGAUCCUGCUCGAGAUCACCCGGCUCACGCUCGGCAUGAAUGCGACGUUCGGCACGCUGCCCGGCUGGUGGAUAAGCGAGGACGGGCGGGAGAACACGCCCACCGUGUCCGUGCCGUCCUGGGAUCAAGUGGUCAAGAACAAUGGGUUUGCGGGCGUGGCCAUUGCGGCCCCCAAUAUCCAGGAUGCCACGGCAGUCGUCACGACUAUGGUGUGCAGGGCUGUCGGGCCUGCUGUCACCACUGAGCCACAGCAGCGAGUCAUCUCCAUACUCGUGGGGAGCAAAACUGAAGGCACCACCCAGGUCGCCGGCGCAAUCAGCCAGGCUCUCAGGGCAGAGGGGGCUCAGGUCGAGGUGGCAAACCUUGGCAGCGCCUCCAUCGAUGAAGGAGCUUCGUAUCUGCUGCUUGACCACGUCGAGCAGCCGCUGCUCAAGGAGCCCAGCCCAUCGACCUUCGACGCAAUCCGUCGUCUUGUCACCACCGCCAAGAGUGUGGUUUGGGUAACAUACCAGGAGAGCAUCAAAUCAAUCAACGCAGCCGAGAUGAAGGGCAUGGUCAACGGCUUCACCCGCGUGAUCCGCAAUGAGAACUCGUCCAUCAAGAUCGUGACGGUGGACGUUCGGGGAUUGCUGAGUCGCAGCUAUGACGCGCGUAGGCUUUUCUCGGUAGCCCACAAAUUGGCCCAGAUCACACAGAAAAGCUUCUGGCCAAGCGCAGAAUUCCUCGAGAGCGACGAGCUUGAGUUCGCCAUCGGCCGCGCAGACGAGCACUGUGCCGACAAUGCCGUCCUGGUCCCUCGCCUGCGGGUGGACGACAAGUUCAACGCCUGGGCAGCGAGCAGGCGGGCAGACGCGGGCAACUGCACCACCAAGCACCGCUUCCACGACUCAGGUCGGCCCAUGCUCCUGGAGCCCGAGGUGCCCGGAUUGCUCAACACGCUGCGCUUUGUAGACGACACAAACACUAUGGCAAAGCCCCUCGCGCCUCACCAGAUCCAGAUCCGGCCGCACGCCAGCGGCCUCAACUUCAAGGACAUCUUCGUAGCCAUGGGCCAGGCACCGCCGGGCACCGUCAUGGCUGGCGAGCACGCCGGCGUUGUCACCGAGGUCGGCUCCGACAUGAUUGGCCGAUACGCGGUCGGCGACAGGGUGAGCGGAUUUGGCGCAGAGCUGAUGGCCAACUGCCCCCGCCUCGAUGGGCUCGGGGCGCACAAACUGCCUGACCGUUUGGGGUUCGUUGAGGGUGCUGCCUCGACAUUGAUCUUCGCCACAGCGUGGUACGGCCUGGUGACUAUGGGCAGGCUGCAGAAGGGCGAAUCUGUUCUUAUCCGGUAUGUAGCAUACUCGGGCUCCGGCGGUGUCGGCCAAGCAGCAAUCCAAAUAGCUCAGUACCUUGGCGCCGAAAUAUUCACCACGGUGGGAAAGGCUUCCAAGCGGCAAUUGGUCAUGGAAACCUACGGUAUUCCCGCAAGCCAUGUCUUGUCGUCCGGCUCGGACAAUUUCAAGCACCGCAUCCUGCACCAAACCGGUGGCAGGGGUGUCGACGUGGUCCUCAACUCCCUUGCAGGCGAGCAGCUGCGGGCCAGCGUCGAGUGCCUCGGGGCCUUCGGCAGGUUCAUCGAGAUAGGCAAAGCCGACAUAUACAAGAAGAAUCACCUCGGAAUGGCUUCCUUUGAUAGGGGCAUCAUAUUUGCCGCUGUAGAUAUGAUGUUGAUACUUCACAAACGCCCGCGUGUCGUGGGCAACGCUCUCAAGCAGGUAUUCGCGCUCUUUGAGAGCGGCCACCUCCGAGCCGUGGCCCCCGUCACUACUCUUCCCAUGAGCAGGGUAGAAGAGGCGUUUCGGAUGAUGGCCAACCGCGACCACGUGGGCAAGAUCGUUCUGGUUGCCGACGAAGACGAGCAGGUCAAGGCUACCGUCGGCCCUCCGCCAGCCCUGAGACUGAACAGCAAGGGGACAUACGUUGUUAUAGGUGGGCUUGGCGAUCUUGGCCGGCGAGCGUGCUUGCUUCUCGCACGCAACGGAGCUGGCUGUGUCGUUACCAUGUCGAGGAGCCUGCCAGACGAGGCCACACUUGCAGAGUUCAAAGCCGAGAUGGCGGCUGCAGGAAACAGUUGCCACCUCCAGUCAGUCCGUUGUGAUGUCAGUGAUGCUGGCAAUGUCAGGGCUCUUGCGGAGAGGCUCAAGACUGAUCUUUGGCCUGUUCGUGGUGUUAUCCACUCUGGCCUGGCCCUUGCGGACCGCCCCAUCGAGCUCAUGACGCACGACGAGUACAUGAUGGCCGUGCGGCCCAAGGUCCACGGCACGCUUAACUUGCACGACGCGUUUGCCUCUGACAUGCUUGACUUUAUGAUCCUCCUCUCGUCGUCGACCGGCAUCAUCGGCAACAAGGGGCAGAGCAACUACGCGGCAGGCAACACAUUCCAGGACGCCUUUGCAGACGCCCAGAACGCCAAUGCUGGGUCUAGGACCCGCUACGUCUCGCUCGACAUUGGCGCCGUGGCUGGCUCUCGCCACAUCGCAAGCCUGCCGCAGAAAGGCGCCGAGCUGCAGAAGCUCAACAUCCUCUUCAUGACUUUUAGCGAGGUGAUGCUGCUGCUCGAGUACGCCAUGAGCCCGCUCGCGGUGUGCGAUGACUUCUCACACAGCAUCGCGGGCAUUUCCAAGGACACGAUCAAGACGAUGCAGGGCGUUUCUUCAUCGGCACGCGUCGUGAGUCCCAUCUUCAAGCUGCUGCCAGAGGCAGACGCGAGUAAAGAUGGCCAGGACGGUGCAGCCCACCGAGAUCAGAAAAAGGCACAGCAGGAUCCGGGCAAGCUGGUCGCGCGCGCCAAGACACUUGAGGCAGCAUCUGAGAUCAUCGCGGCAGCCACGGCAGCCAGGUUUUCCGCCUUUCUCGAUGUCGAGGUACCUGUCGACGUGCCAAUUGUGCAGCUGGCCCUCGACUCGCUCGUGUUGAUCGAGCUAAAGAACUGGCUCUCCAGGACCUUCCAGGCUCCUGUGCAGGCUUCCGAAAUUGCGGGGGCACUGAGCAUCAACGCACUGGCGAGUCUCUUGGCUGGACGAUCCAAGUUUAUCAGUGACAAGACACGAGCAUCAACUGCUCCCAAGGCGGCCAUCGUGGCAGACACGGACCUGGACACAGCCGGACCGAGCCUGAAUGGACACGAUCACAAGGUGAAGGGCACGAAUGGCAUCCAGAGUGGCAUUCCUGACGCCAACAGCACCAAAAAGGUCCAAACGAGCCACAGCUUCAGCUGCUGCAGACACUCUGCGCAUGUCUCCAAGCAGCCCCUGCCUGAUCUCGACGACGUGCUCGACUACGUCCUCUCCAAUAACGCCCACUUGCUCGACGGCCCAACCCGCCUCAAACUAGAGCAGGGCGUUGAGCAGCUCCGCCAGCCCGGCGGCCAUGCCCGCAGCAUCCAUGCCCAGUUCCGCGAUUCUCAUGACGACCCGGCCGUGGACAACUGGUCGGCAGAUCUGGUCGCGAACGCACUGUAUCUGCAGCGCCGGGAGCCCAUGGCGCCCUACUCGAGCUUCGUCGGCGGCCACGCGGACAGCGUUGGCGACGACGACCGGCAGCACUCCCAAGCCGAACGCGCCGCGCUCCUCACGCGGGCGCUAGUCGAGUUCCGAGCCCAGAUCAUCAACCACGAUGUUAAGCCCCAGUGGUUUUUUGGCAAACCGACGUGCAACUCGUCGCUGCGGUGGCUGUUUGAUGCCGUCCGGGAGCCUGGCCGCGAGGUCGACCAAAUGCGCCUGUAUGACGGGCCCGACUUCGCCUCGAGGCACGUUGCGGUGCUCAGCAAGGGCCGUGUAUUCAAGGUCUCGGUCGAGGACAAGCAUGGCCAGUCCGUCCCACAGGCCAGGCUUAGAGCCACGUACGAGGCCAUUCUUCAGGCCACGCGGGACGGGGCAGACGUCUGGACGGGCAUUCUGACCGUGGAUGGACGCAGCGAGUGGGCAAAGACACGCGCGGGGAGCAUUGCCAAUAGUCCAGCCAACGCCGAGUAUCUCUCGACCAUUGAGUCAGCCUGCUUUGUGCUGUGCCUCGACGACGGCGCCCCCGAGUCCGAUGCAGAGCAGGUCCGCCAGGCGUGGUUCGGCAACGGCUUCAACCGGUGGAGCGACAAAACGACGCAGCUUGUUGUCGCGGCCAACGGCAAGUCGACGGUGAUCCUCGAGCACGCAAUGCUCGACGGCAUGACGGCGUGGCGCUUUUCCGAAUGGAUCCAGAAGGCUAUUAACGAAGGCUCUGCCGAAGCUCAGAAGCUGACGCAAGACGCGAAUGAUAGUGAUGAGGUUGCUCGCCCUAUCGACCUGCACGAGGUCGCCUUCAAGUCUACAGAAGAGAUCGACACCCAGAUGCUCGUCCUACGCGAGCGAUACCUCGCCGUGACGUCCCGCGCCGACUACGCCAACUACAUGCUCGACACAUUCGGCACGCAGGAUCUGAUGGCGUGGAACAUGCCCGUUAAGUCCAUCCUCGACACAGUCGUCCAGCUCGCCGCGCGUCUCUACUACGGACGCAGUGUGCAGGUAUGGGAAAGCGUGUCUAUGGCUGGGUACCACCGCGGCCGCAGCGACAUGCUCCAAGCCACGACCGCCUCUGCCGUCGACUUCUGCACGCUCGCGCUGCAAAAUACUUCGUCUCUGGCCGACAAGAAGGCCGCUCUUCUAAGUCUGGGCCGCGACUUUACCGCCAACAUGCAGCGCUGCCUCGCUGGGCGGUCACACCUGCGAUUUCUCGAGCUUCUCAACAACGCAUGGCCAAAGGACGAGCCCAAGGCCGCGCUCUUCGAACCCGGGCUGCUGUGGCAGAGGCCCUGCAUUAUCAUGCACCACGUCCCCAGCGGCGUGGCGUGCGCCAACAUGACACACGGUGUGCAGCCGCCAGACUGCUUCUUUGUCAGCGUCAGUCCUCGAGAUUAUAGUAUCUACGUCGCUAUCGAUGGAACAACGGGUAAUACGAAACUAUUCACCCGUCGUCUUGAGGAGGCGGCACAGAUCAUCAAGAAUAUUAUUAUAAAAGGGUAGAUAGAGGUUUUAUUAAGCUGCCUUAUUAUCAUUUUCGCCCCGUAGAUUGAGUCUACUACUUCUAGAUGUUGUGUACUUAUACCCAUGUAGUUAUGUAUUACUG